AGCUACAAAAUGACAAGAAAAAAUGGCGGCAGAAAAUUGAGUUUUGCGGUUAAUGCGGUGAAAAAAUGUGUGAUUUUUGCAUUUUUCGCGAUGAAAAAGAUCAAAAUUUGCAAAUUAGAGACAGGAAAUUGAUUCCGCAAGUGCCAAACUACCCUUAAGUGUACUUAAUUUGCUCUGAGAGCUGUUAAAUUGGUGUAAAAAUGCAAAAUAAAAUGAUGGAUGAACAGAUGAAAGUUAUCGAUGAAAUCUUGCCAAAAUUAAUAAAAUCCCUCACGGGAUUCAGUGAAAAGGAUCGCAAUUUCAAGCUAUGCAGAGAUUUUGCCAGAUCUCGUAUCAAUGCAUCAGAUUCUGAUGAUUCUAGCAUAAGUAUGUUGAAGCGGAGAAUUCUGGGGAUUUCCGAGAGGUUGGAAGUUGAGAAUCUCGCCCAUUUCUCCAAACUCCUCGAGAAUAGCGUGUGUAAGCUUGUAACACAAUCCAAUGGGGAGGAAUACAGAGAAUCUCAUAUUCACUGGAAACUGUUGGACUUUUUGUUGGCCCUAUCGAAGAAUCCCCUUAUUGGGGCGAGGAGAAUGCUCCGGGAAGGUAGUCAUGUAGUCCAACAGGUAUGUGCUGCAGAAGAGAUUCUUUCCGGAGAGAAUGGUGAACGAGUAGAAGAUGUGUUGCCACCGGACUUGAAUGGAGAUGAUACAGAUGAAUUGAGUGAUUGGACAGAAUCGGAAGAUGAAGCACUUCCUGUGGAGCAUUCCAUGCAUCCGGCUGCCAAAAUGUUCCUCAGAUACCUUCCAGGGGAUAGUCCUGCCCAUCAUAGGAAGACUCCGGGUGAGGCAUCUGAUUCAGAUGAUUCCGAAACAUCCUCUGCAGCAUCUCUUUCGGAGGAUCGUGUGCCCUUCUCCCUCCUUCACUGCCCUAUCAGGGAAGUUAUCUGGAUGUUCUUUCAUCCGGACAAUUGCAACUUCUACUGCAUUGAGGAGGAUACCGUGAAAAUCCGCCAAGAUGCCGAAAUGCCAAAUAUAAUUGUUUUCCGGAAGUUUAUGGCGGACUUUGCCCAACCAAUGACUGCUAUUCUCCGCAUAAGAACAUUCUGUAAACGUGUACUUAGCGCCGAAGGAUCUCCCCCGCAGAUGUACUUUAUCUACGCUGAGGCACUACGUGAUCUGUUGCGUCCAAUGGAGGAAUAUCUUCUGGAUGUGGAGAAGAGAAUUACGCCGGAAAUAAUGAAUGAACCUGCAACGCUGCUGAACUUUUGUCACGCCCUGGAGCCACAUUGUCAAAUGCUGAAGCAUCUCCUGAAGAUCCACGAGAGUGCUGUCGUUGAGUGGAAGUACUUCCCACGUCACAUUUGCAGUGCCUUCCUUCAGGCAAAAAUAUUUCAAAUAAUCCAAAGUGGCCUCAACAGGGUGGAGGUGAAUGUGGCAGCGUCCCUGUUUACGGGAAUUGCUCAAUUCUACCUUCAGGUGAUCCAUUCUUGGUGGUCUUUUGGGAAGAUUUCCGACGAGCAGAAGGAAUUCAUUGUGAGUGGAAGGAGUGCAGAGGGUGGGCUUAUUUUCCGUUCUUUCAAUCUCGAUCGUGGAGCAAAAACCACCCCGAAGGAGAAGGAAAUGAAUGACUUGCUGGAACAAUGUCCAAUCCUGGCCCUCCUCAAAGGUCACAGCAAUCAAAUUGAGGAACGACUUGAUGCCAUAAAUGCCUUAGAUCGCGCUGGAAGUACCCGCAUGAUGACAACUAAUUCCCUCUGGCAGGAUUUCCUUGCCAAAUUCACAACAGCAAUUGAGGAUUACUUGGCGCCCCUUCAGGAGAGCUCCGAAGAAUCAUCCCAAAGUUCCUCCUCCUAUGUAAACUUCCGUCAGGGAACCCUCGAGAAGGGCGGAAAGCUCUUUCUGCAGCUCUUCCAAAAGUCCACGAGUAAACCGAGUGAGCAUUCAACGGUUGUUUCAAUUCUGCAGAAUUUAAUGGACAGGAGUAAAGGGAUGCUUCCGCUGGAGGGAAUCUUCAGGAAUGCCUUCAAUGAGACACUUAAUACGGAAAUUCAGGCAUCAGACAAACUCAUGGUGGAGAUUUACUCGAAGGAGCUGAAUUUACUUGAACAUCUUCGUCUAAUUCGUCGUGUCUUCCUCCUUGAAGACAGUGCAACCAUGUUUACCUUCUAUUCGCGUCUCUUUGAGGACAUGGAAUCCCGGCAGGAGGGCAUUCAUCCACUCUCCCUGACGAUAAACCUGCAAAACACCCUCUCUGCUGUCUACCCGGAGAGUCACAGCAAAUUUCGCCUUGAAUUGGCAUCUCUGCACAAUUCCAAGACUGGCAGUGCUCUGCAGAUCAUUCGGCAGUUGUCCUUGAUCUACAAACUUUCCCCGAAUAUUGCAAAAGUCUUCGAUGAAGCCUCCAUGAGGAGCUACAAUCGCCUUUUUGGCUUCCUUUUGAGCAUUAAAUGGAGUCUGUGGACGCUGGAGGGACUCAAAUUCACAAAGAGCUUCUCUAUUGGUUCAGCAUAUGGGUCCCUCACGGAGACCGUGCGUACAAGUCGUCGUCUGGCCAUUAUACGCUUCUGGAUCCUCUACGCUCUCAACAAUAUUCACUUCCACCUCAUGAGUGAGGCACUUCAGCGACUUGGGCAUGAGGUUGAGCAGCGAAUUGGAGCAGCGGAGAGUCUCCAGGAGAUCAUUCAUGCGCACAGUGACUACCUCAACACACUCCUGGAGCACUGCUUCCUCCUGACGGAUGGUGAGAAGCUCCUCACGGGGAUUAAUCAGCUGUUUCACCUUGUGCAAGUGGUACGAAGUGAAUGGGUGGCUGUGGACAAGGAAUGCGUGUCGGAUGAUGAGAAUGCCUUUGACAUUGAGUCGCAAAUUGAUCAAAUUGAGAAGACCUACGUGGAGUGUCAUAGAUUCCUGGCCACAACACUCAGCAAAGAAGUUGCCAUCAAUGGGAAAACAUACCUCAGUGCUCUCGUGUCGGCCUUCGAUCGGAGACUACCCUACUAAAUUGCCAACUCUACAUCCUACCGAAAGAUCUCCAAACAAGGUGACUUUAAUAUGCCAUUUCGUUGCAUUUUGUUUUUCUACUGAAAAAAUGAAUUUUUUUGUAUUAAUUUGAUAGAAUUAAAUAAGGCGCAAGUCGCACAAACUCUAACACACAUAAAAA